AGCUUGAGCAGUGCGUUCGAAUCAGUCUUGAUUCUCGCGUUGAUCGGUGCGUUUGCAUCAGUCUUGAUUCUCACAUUGAUCAAAAGUGCAUUUCGUGUAAAAAAAUAUUUCUUUGUAAAAAAUGUUUGCUGCAAUUUUUACUUUCGCGCUUUUAGUAGCGUAUGCUGCAGCAGCAAUACCCUCUUAUAUUAAUGUAUGCGGUCGCAGAGACCCGAAUCUCGAACGAUGUAUUUUAGACAACAUAAACAAUAUCAAGCCUAAGAUUUGCGAAGGAAUCCCGGAAUUGGACAUUCCACCCAACGAUCCACUCAUUCUUGAAAAACUAGUCAUUUCCGAGACAGCCAACAAUAAAUUAUAUAUGAGAGAUACAAAAAUAACGGGGCUUUGCGAUUUCACCAUAAAUGAUUUUAAUUUAGAUAUGAAUACGCUUCACUUUGAUGCUAAAGUCUCAUUUGGACGGCUUCUAAUGAAUUCUACAUAUGAUUUUGACGUACGUUUACUCGUACCUAUUGCUCAGAAAGGACUGGUUUACAUUACUACAGAUAGCGUCGCAGCAGAUGUAAACAUUGAUAUGAAAAUCAUUACUAAAAGCGGUACAAAGUAUAUGUAUUUGUCGCAGAUAAAGAUCAAUCUUGAUAUCAAAGAUUACGAUGUUAAAUACGACUUGAACGAAAGCGAUCUUGGUCAAUUGAACGAAGUUAUUAGGAAUUUAAUAGGUAACAAUCAAAGGGAGAUUAUUGAUACUUUUAAGCCGGCAUUGGAGGAAAUAGUUUCCAAACGAAUUCUGUUGGUUUCUAACGAUAUUGUGAAACAUUUUACUUACGAAGAGCUCUUUCCGGAUAGAACCUAAUUUUCAAGUUGCAUUAUCAAAAAGUUGCUGCUAUGUUUCAAUUAAAUAAAAAAAUUGCAAUAAAGACCUAUUAUAAUAUUAAAUGA